CAUUGACUCACUGAUCGCCAUCUCCCAGGCAGUCAAUUGCACAACAACACAUUACAACAAACGCCGGGGGUCUGUCAUGCAGGGUACGCACGAUGACAGUACCAUGGAGUUUGUGCUGGUCUCUCUGUUUCCUACCUCUUCUCCUGACUCUGAGUGCACACCGCGCACACGCGGCUCCCGACUUCUCUCGAUAUCUUCACACAAUCCUGAAGAACCACACGGCUCAUGCAUGUGAAGGGAGCACGCUCGUCAUCGAGUGUCCAUCAAGGACGUCUGUGGCCGUUCUCUCUGCUUUCUAUGGACGACGAGUGCCUUAUCAACAUUUAUGUCCCUCUGCAAACACAAACACGAGUGUGGACGAGGACACAGCGUGCACGUCACCGGUUGCUAUAGAUAAAGUGUUAUCAGAGUGUCAGGAUCGGCGUUCCUGUCACAUCCCUGUCUUCAGUGCAGUGUUUGGACAAGACCCCUGUCCUCUCACCAGCAAGUAUCUCCUUGUCUCCUACAAGUGCAGACCAGAGCACCAUCGCACAAGACUUGUGUGUGAAAAUGAGCGUCUGAGGCUGUUGUGUAAAAAUGAGACCGUCCUCGCCAUUUACUCGGCCUCUUUUGGACACCUGCUGCAUGGAAGUCCUUACUGUCCUCAGGAACCUGGAUCACACAACGACAUGGAGUGUCUGUCAGCACUGGCUCUGAGGAAGGUGUCCCGCAGGUGUCAUGGGAGAGCAAGCUGUUCUCUCCUGGCCGAUACUCAAACCUUUGGUGACCCCUGUUUCUCCGGCACCAGGAAGCACCUGCGGGUGUCUUUCACUUGUGUUCCCCAGUAUCUUCUGGAAGACGUGGGUCGAGGGUCGACUGAUCCUUUCUUGAUUUCAGACUACACACACGGUGGAUGGUACACUGGCCCCACCUACAGGCCUCAAAACGUGCUCUUUACCAACUGUCUGGAGAUCAUUGAAAAAAUCUGGGAUCUACCAGAGAAGGUGGCUCUGUACUUUGUCUCUGGAAUCUGUGCUGGCCUAGUUUUCCUCCUCUGCCUGUUUGGUGUACGCUCCACACUAGUCAGAGAUGUGAAGGAUCUGGUCUCUGACCUGAAGGAUGAGCUGAAAGUGUCUCGCAGACAGCGCAACGAGCUCAUGGAGGACCUCUACGAGGACGAGGUUUCAGACACGUCGUCCUUCUGUCGCCUCACAAAAUCCCACCGCACGACGGACAUCUUCAGCCCCUCCACGUCGGCGGUAGAGAUGGUUGAUCGUGGGGUGGAACGGAUGAGGGAUCUGCCCAACGGAGACAUUUGGCCUCGUGGAGACUCCAGCCCUUACGCCAUUCACAAGAUUCAAACUUACGACAACUGACAGAAGUGGUGGCGCUUUUGAUACAGACGUUGAAAUAAUUUUUUUAAUUAACCUGACUGUGCCUCCUUAUCUAAUGGAGACAUUUCAUGAAUGUGCUCUGUUGUUCAUCAUGAAACAUCCUAAAAGGUUGUGAGACAGAUGCAUGAUGUUCUAACAUACAUGGUUAAUCAUUAUUAGAAUUCACAUUAAUCGAGUUGUUCUUUGAGUUUAUUUAAAAUGCUAUUUUAUUUGGUAACAUGGGUCAAAUGUCACAGAUGAACUCUGCGUUAAAUGUAUUUCUUGGUUGGAGGAUCUAAACAUGGUUUGGCCAGUAUAUAAACUGUAUCCUCAUUUUUAGGUACACCUUGUAUAAACCAAUAUAAUUGUUCUGUCUCAUUAAUGACUGACGUAUAUAUAUAUAUAUCUACAGGUGUUAAUUAAACUGUUUGUUGUAGCAUUGAGCUCAUGCUGUACUGUAAAUAGAAAUGACAAACAGUUCAGAAAACAUCUCACCAUAACGUGAUCCAGUAAAAGGUCAUCUGUAACUGUAUGACCUCAGUUAUAAACAUAUAAUUUAAUUUCACAAUUAUGACAGUGUCACCAAAAACUGAACAUAUUGUGUUUUUUUAAAGAGAAAUAGCAUGGCAGUGAUGUUGUAUUGCAUUACAUUGUAGAGGUAUACCUAAUAAAGUGGUCAGAGUUUAUUGCAAUGUAACUUAUAAAGUUGUUUAAGUGCGAUGACGAAACUUUUAUUUCUUGUAAACUUUAAUAAAUAAAUGUGUGGGAUACUA